CCCGCAGGACACGGGCCCCGCAGGACACAGGCCCCGCGGCCGAGCAAGCGGCGGCCGCCCCUCUUCCCCGCGGGCGGGACCAACUUUUCCACCCGCGGGCGGGACCAACUUUUCCACCCGCGGGCGGCUUUGGCGACACCCUCCGGAGCGGAGCGGCUGCCGGGAGGGCACCGCUUGUCCGGGACCCGCCCGGCUCCUCCCUAUUUUUAGCUGCGGGAGGAGCCAAGACCCGGCCCGGUUUGUGCCACCACCUCCCUCCCAGGGCAGCAGCCCGGCCACAGUCGCAGCAGCACAGGCGCUGGGGCCCCCCAGCACGUGCCCUGUGCACAUCCCGGGUCUCCCCUCUGCCUUGCACUGAGCCUGCCCAGCAAGAGGGGCAGGUCCUGACCUCACGCUCUUGAGAUGGCAGCUUUGGAGAGCUUCAGUGCCACCUACCACCGUGACCCCAGGCCUGGGGACCUGAUCGAGAUCUUCCGUCCAGCUUACCAGCACUGGGCCCUCUACCUGGGGGACGGGUACAUCAUCAACGUGACACCCGUGGAUGAAGGGUCCCCAGCCUCCUCCAGCGCCAAGUCAGUGUUGAGCAGAAAGGCCCGGGUGAGGAUGCAGCUCCUGAAGGAUGCGGUAGGCAAUGACACCUACUGCAUCAACAAUAAGUACGACAACACCUACAAUCCCCUCCCGGUGAAAGAGAUCAUCCGGCGUGCCAGGCACCUUAUUGACCAGGAGGUGCCCUAUGACCUGCUCGGCAACAACUGUGAGCACUUCGUGACGUGGCUUCGCUACGGUGAGGCGGUCUCCGGCCAGUCCAAGACAGCAAUCUGUGCCAUUGGGCUUGUAACACUUGCUGCUGGUGCCUUCUCCUUGCUGGGCUUGCUCCACAGCAGAUCCAGGAAGAGGGAAUACUGAUGGGCCGACGGGAAGAGCUCGGAGCAGGUCAGGGAGCGACCUGGGGCAGUUUGUGGCUGCAGCUGCCACCAAGACUUACUAACAAUAGUGUUGCCCUUGUUGAGAGCAGCACUAGCCUGUUUGCUAAAUCUGCUUUUAUUUCACUGCCUGUGAUGGUUUUUGUGGUAGUCUGGGAGUGCUGGCAAGAAAAUUCUCCAUCCUCACACCCCCAGUGCUCUGGUGAAGAUUGGUGCUUUCUACACACAUCCUGUUUUUAUCAGCUUUUAUCAUCUUUGCCCCCUGGAGCUGGGGCCAUUGGCUCUUCAAUGACCAGAAGUUGAAUUUAAGCAGUUUGUAACCCCAGCACAAGUUUGAACUUUCUCCAGCCAGCAGGAAGGCAAAGCUGGGGUCCCUGCAGAGUGUUGUGGGUGACAUAGCUGGAGAAUGAGCUAUGUUACACCUAUACUCCAGCUACAAAUCCACAGAACUCUCCUAUUUCCUUGUCGUAAGGCUGAUGCAUGGCUUGUCUUAGAAUAAAGCUGUUUUGGAAAA